UCCACGCAUCCUCGGAAACGUAUGGCGCUGUUGUGGGAAUCCAUCGUGACAGGUUAGCAGUGGACUGUAAACAUGGCGGCGUGCACGGCGACAGGGCUGUGCUCCAUACCCCGCUGCUACUAGUCUGAGAGACGGAGACGCGCUGAACAUGGAGACUGAAGAGGAGCAGCAUAUGACAACGCUCCUAUGCAUGGGCUUUCCAGACCCCGUUGCAAUACGGAAAGCGCUUCGCUUGGCAAAGAAUGAUAUAAACGAGGCAGUCGCGCUUCUAACGAACGAAAGCCCCGGACUCGGGUAUGGUUAUGAGCCGAUGGAGAGCGGGCCUACCACGGGCUCGGGGACAGGAGGAGACGGGGAAAACAGCGGGCGUACUGGGACGGGGGGUUUUGAUCCCCCGCCUGCAUACCACGAUGUAGUGGACAGCGAGAGAAGUAACGAUGAGAAUGGAAACUGCUCUGGAGGUAGCAUGGAGUUCCCCACCACCAACCUUUAUGAACUGGAGAGCCGAGUGUUCACCGACCACUGGUCCAUACCCUACAAGAGAGAGGAGUCCCUGGGCAAGUGUCUCAUCGCUUCCACCUGCCUCGCCCGACAUGGUUUGGCUGAUGCGGACGAGAACUGUAAGCGCUUCAUGGAUAGGUGCAUGCAUGAAGCCUUCAAAAAGUUGCUGACCAGCAGUGCUGUCCACAAGUGGGGCACAGAGAUCCAUGAGGGAAUCUACAACAUGCUGAUGCUUCUGGUGGAACUGGCUGCUGAAAGAGUCAAGCAGGAUCCCAUCCCAGUUAACUUGAUGGGUGUUCUGACCAUGGCCUUUAACCCUGAUAAUGAGUACCACUUCAAAAACCGCAUGAAGGCCUGUCAGAGGAACUGGGCAGAAGUGUUUGGAGAGGAGGCCAACAUGUUUGCUGUAUCCCCUAGCAACAGCUAUCAAAAGGAGCCUCACGGUUGGCUGGUGGACCUGGUGAAUCGAUUUGGAGAGAUGGGAGGAUUCACCGCCAUCCAGACCAAGCUUAAUACUGAGGAAAUCGAGAUAGCGUGUGUAUCAGCCCUGGUUCAGCCUCUCGGAGUUUGUGCAGAAUACCUCAACUCCAGCCUGGUCCAGCCCAUGCUUGAUCCGGUCAUCCACAAGAUGAUAACCUAUGUACAGAACUUGGAGGAGAAAGACCUGAAAGACAAGCGUCUGGUGAGCAUCCCCGACCUGCUGUCAGCCAUCAAGUUGCUGUGUAUGAGGUUCCAGAGGGAGCUGGUCACGGUGGUGGACGACCUGCGCCUGGACACCCUGCUCCGGAUGCUCAAGACCCCCCACUUCUCCACCAAGAUGAACUCCCUCAAGGAGGUGACAAAGCUUAUUGAGGAGAGCACAGUGUCUAAAACUGUUAAAAAUGCAAUUGACACAGACAAACUGCUGGAUUGGCUCGUGGAGAACUCUGUUCUGUCAAUAGCACUGGAGGGUAACAUAGACCAGGCGCAGUACUGUGAAAGAAUAAAGGGAAUUAUCGAACUCCUGGGCAGUAAACUCUCUAUGGAUGAACUUUCAAAGAUCUGGAGAAUCCAAGCCGGCCAGUCUUCAACGGUGAUUGAGAACAUCCACACCAUCAUCGCCGCUGCUGCUGUCAAGUUUAACUUCGAUCAGCUCAGCCACCUCUUUGUUCUCAUACAGAAGAGUUGGGAGGUGGAGAGCGAUCGCGUCAGACAAAAGCUGCUCAGUCUGAUCGGACGGAUCGGCCGAGAAGCUCGCUCUGAGGCUACAACAGGAAAGGUGUUGGAAGUUCUGUGGGAGCUGGCCCACCUCCCCACCCUGCCCACCAGUCUGGUUCAGCAGGCGUCUGAGGAGCACCUGGGGAUCCUGAGCGACGCUUACGCUGUCAAGGAGACCAUCAAGCGGAGUUACAUCAUCAAGUGCAUUGAGGACAUUAAGAAGCUUCAGAUUCAGGAGGAGAGUAAAGGCAGCGAGUCGCAAAGUUCAUUUCUUACUGGUUCUUGGGGCAAGCGGAAAGCUAACACAUCAGUCAAAGCUUCUCAACAGAGCAGUCCUCAGGCAGUUUGGGUUGUCCCUGCUCUUCGGCAGCUCCACGAGAUUACACGCUCCUUCAUCAAGCAGACCUAUCAGAAGCAGGACAAGAGUAUCAUCCAGGACCUGAAGAAGAACUUUGAGAUCGUCAAGCUGAUCACAGGCUCCCUGGUGUGCUGCCACCGGCUGGCCGUCACUGCUGCCGGGAACAACGGCCUGUCCAGCAGCACCCUGGUGGACGGACGCUACACCUAUCAGGAGUACCUGGACGGCCACUUGCGUUUCCUGGCCUUCUUCCUUCAGGAGGCCAGCCUCUACCUGGUGUGGAACCGGGCCAAGGAGAUCUGGGAGUGCCUGGUGUCCGGCCCUGAUGUCUGUGAGCAGGACAGAGAGAUGUGUUUUGAGUGGUUCACCAAAGGCCAGCAUGACCUGGAGAGUGAUGUCCAGCAGCAGCUAUUUAAGGAGAAGAUCCUAAAACUGGAGCCCUAUGAGAUCACCAUGAAUGGAUUCAAUCUCUUCAAAACCUUUUUUGAGAACGUCAACCUGUGUGACCAUCGCCUGAAGCGCCAGGGAACGCAACUGUGUGUGGAGCGACUGGAUCUGGUCGGGAUGGAUUUUAUCUGGCGAAUCGCCAUGGAGACUCCAGAUGAAGAGAUCGCCAACGAGGCUAUCCAGCUCAUAAUUACAUACAGCUACACCAACCUUAACCCCAAAAUGAAGAAGGACUCUGUGUCUUUGCACAAGAAGUUCAUCGCUGAUUGUUACAAACGGCUCGAGGCGGCAAGCUCUGCUCUUGGCGGGCCAACCUUGACACAUGCUGUUACCAGGGCAACAAAGAUGCUCACAGCCACCGCAAUGCCUACGGUUGCCACCUCCGUGCAGUCUCCAUCCAGGUACACAGCAGGCGGGUCUGGGUCCACAAAGCUUGUGAUCAUUGAGAGACUGCUUCUUCUGGCGGAACGAUACGUCCUAACUAUAGAGGAUCAGUACUCGGUCCCUCGCACUAUCCUACCUCACGGCGCAUCGUUCAACGGCCACCCGGUGACCCUUCAUGUCACCUACGAGUCCACCAAAGACACCUUCACCCUGGAGGCCCACAGUAAUGAGACCAUAGGGAGCGUCAGAUGGAAGAUCUCUGAGCACCUCAGCUGCCCUGUGGACAACGUCCAGAUCUUUGCCAACGACAGCGUGCUGACGAUGAACCGGGACCAGAAGCUGCUCUCCCAGCUGGGCUUCAGCGACGAGCAGAGCCUGACGGUUAAGAGCUCCAGCACUGGCACACCCUCUGGCAGCUCAGAGUCCUCCACCUCGGCCUCCAGCAGCUCCAGCUCCGCCGUGUUCAACUCUGCCUACGCACUGGAGCAGGAGAAAUCUCUGCCUGGAGUGGUGAUGGCUUUGGUGUGCAACGUGUUUGAGAUGCUUUACCAGCUGGCUAAUCUGGAUGAAUCCAGGAUCACUCUGCGGGUGCGGAAGUUGCUGCUGCUAAUACCAACAGACCCUGAGGUGCAGGAUGCUUUGGACAACUUUGUUCCCAAAGAGUCCAGCGUUUGGAGUCACCAGAAGACCCUCUUCACGCUGGGUCAGAGUGCAGGAUCUCGCUCUCCAUCCAUGUCCUCCAAGCAGCAGCACCAGCCCAGUGCCGCCUCGAUCCUCGAGUCCCUGUUCAGGUCCUCCGCUCCGGGCAUGUCCACCUUCAGGGUGCUCUACAACCUGGAGGUGCUGAGCUCCAAGCUGAUGCCCACAUCUGACGAUGAGAUGGCCAAGACCAGUGUCAAGUCCUUCUGUGAGAACUUCCUCAAGGCUGGAGGCCUCAGUCUGGUGGUGAACGUAAUGCAGAGGGAUUCCAUCCCCUCAGAAGUGGACUAUGAGACCAGACAAGGAGUCUACUCCAUCUGUCUUCAGCUGGCCAGGUUCCUCCUGGUGGGCCAGAGCAUGCCCGCCUCAUUGGACGACGACAACCUCAGGGACGGCGACGCGCUGUCGUCACGGCCGUUCCGGAACGCGGGGCGGGCCGGCAGGCAGUUGUCUCUCUGUGGGACCCCAGAGAAAUCCUCCUACAGGCAGAUGUCCCUCUCGGAGCGCUCCUCCAUUCGGGUGGAGGAGAUCGUCCCUGCAGCCCGAGUGGCCAUCCAAACAAUGGAGGUGGGUGACUACACCUCCACUGUGGCCUGUUUCAUGAGACUGACCUGGGCCGCUGCUGCUGGGCGACUAGACCUAGUGGGCAGCCCUCAGCCAAUCAGAGACAGCCACAGUUCAUUGCUCCCUCAAGGCGUUCGCACCAGAGUGAGCAGCACAGGAAGUAACUGCAGCUCCAGCAGCGAGGGCGAGGGCACUCCUACCGCAUUGCAUGCUGGGAUAUGCGUGAGACAACAGAGCGUCUCCAUCAAAGACACCAUCAUCGCCCGGGAGGCUUUGUCACUUCUGGUGACUUGUCUGCAGCUCCGCUGCCAGCAGCUCUCAUCUUUUUACAACCUGCCCUCUGUUAACGACUUCAUCAUCGACAUCCUGCUGGGGUCCUCCAGCGGAGAGAUCCGUCGAGUGGCCUGCGACCAGCUGUACACUCUGAGCCAGUCGGACACCUCAGGCUUACAGGAGGUGCAGAAGCCCAACCUGUUCCUGCUGACGGUGGUCCUCAGCGCCCAGCUGCCCCUCUGGAGCCCAACCUCCGUCAUGAGGGGAGUCAACCAGAGAUUACUUUCUCAGUGCACUGAAUAUUUUGAACUGAGGUGUCAGCUUCUGGACGACCUGACCAGCUCUGAGAUGGAGGCGUUGAAGUUGAGCGCGGCCAACAUGCUGGAGGACGAGAUCUCCUGGCUGGACAACUUUGAGCCCAGCUGGGGCUCCGAGAUGGAGACCAGCGAGGCUGACAACAUCCUGCAGGCAGGGCAUCUCCGCCUCAUCAAGACGCUGCUCUCACUCUGCGGCAAGGAGAAGGAACAACUCGGUCCGUCGCUGAUCCAGCAGCUGUUGGAUGACUUCCUGUUCCGUGCCUCGCGCAUCAUUAUCAACAGCUCUAACCCCGCGCCUGCCCCCACCCCCAGCCAUGACUUCCACCCAAAGUGCAGCACUGCCAGCAGCAGGCUAGCAGCCUACGAGGUGCUGGUGAUGUUGGCGGACAGCUCUCUGCCCAACCUGCAGCUGAUCACCAAGGAGCUGCUGUCCAUGCACCACACGCCUGACCCCUCCCUCAGCAAGGAGUUUGAUUACCUACCCCCGGUCGACAGCCGCUCCGUAUCUGGGUUCGUGGGGCUGAAGAACGGCGGAGCCACUUGCUACAUGAACGCUGUGUUCCAGCAGCUCUACAUGCAGCCUGGCCUGCCAGAGGCGAUCUUGUCUAUUGAGGACGACACCGAGCAGCCAGAGGAGAGCGUGUUCUGUCAAGUUCAGUCCCUGUUUGGUCACCUGAUGGAGAGCAAGUUGCAGUACUACAUCCCUGAGAACUUCUGGAAGAUCUUCAAGAUGUGGAAUAAGGAGUUGUACGUACGGGAGCAACAGGAUGCUUAUGAGUUCUUCACCAGCCUAGUGGACCAGCUGGACGAACAUCUCAAGAAAAUAGGGCGGGAACAGCUGUUUAAAAACACUUUCCAGGGGAUUUUCUCUGACCAAAAGAUUUGUAAAGACUGUCCUCACCGGUACGAGCGAGAAGAGACAUUCAUGGCCUUGAACCUGGGUGUGACCUCCUGCCAGAGUCUUGAGAUCUCACUGGACCAGUUUGUCAGGGGGGAGGUGCUGGAAGGCAGCAAUGCCUACUACUGUGAGAAAUGCAAGGAGAAGAGAACCACAGUGAAGCGGACGUGUAUCAAGUCCCUGCCGAGUGUGCUCUGCAUCCACCUCAUGCGCUUUGGCUUCGACUGGGAAAGCGGACGCUCCAUAAAGUACGAUGAGCAGAUCAAGUUCCCCUGGGUGUUGAACAUGGAGCCCUACACGGUGUCCGGUAUGGCACGCCAGGACUGCAGCGGGGAGGCUGGGGAGGGCCGCGGCGACGGGGCUGCCGGUGGCUCGCCCCGCAAGAAGGUAACCAUAUCGGAGAACUACGAGCUGGUGGGAGUUGUAGUCCACAGCGGCCAGGCGCACGCCGGACACUACUACUCCUUCAUCAAAGACAGACGGGGAGGCGCUCGCGGACGCUGGUACAAGUUCAAUGACAACGUGGUCGAGGAGUUUGACAUGAACGAUGAAACCCUGGAGUACGAGUGCUUCGGAGGGGAGUACCGCCCUAAGGUCUACGACCAGUCCAACCCAUACCCUGAUGUGCGCCGGAGGUACUGGAACGCUUACAUGCUGUUCUACCAGAGAAUAAGUGACCAGAACUCUCCAGUCCUUCCCAAGAAAAGCAGGGUCAGCGUAAUGAGACAGGAGGCCGAGGACCUCACUCUGCAAACGCAGGUUUCACAUUCUCCACACAGCUCCGCCCCCUCCUCUCCCGACGUCUCACCCCAGUCGUCCCCCCGCCCGCCCAGGGCAAACAACGACCGGCUCACCCUCCUCACCCGUCUGGUGAGGAAGGGGGAGAAGAAGGGUCUGUUUGUGGAGAAGAUGCCGGCCAGUAUCUACCAGAUGGUACGAGACGAGAAUCUGAAGUUCAUGAGGAACCGCGACGUGUACAACAGCGACUACUUCAACUUCACACUAUCCCUGGCCUCCGUCAACGCAACAAAACUCAAGCAUCCCGACUACCAGGCCAUGGCCAAAGAGAGUCUCCAGUUGUCUGUCCAUUUCCUCUUCCACACGUACCUGCACACCAAAAAGAAGCUCAGGGUGGACACAGAGGAGUGGAUGACUACGGUGGAGGUGCUGCUGUCUAAGAGCAGCGUGGCAUGUGGCUGGAUGGUGCAGUAUCUGGUGGGACCAGAGGGCCGAGAGAUCUCCAGGGUGUGUCUGCUGGAGUGCAGCCUGCGUGAGGUCCGGGUGGUAGUGGCCUCCAUCCUGGAGAAGACCCUGGAGAGCGCCCUGCACUUCAGGGAGCCGGGCCUGGACGGCCUGGUGGAUGCACUGCUCUCCCUGCUGGACAAGGACGUCCCAGAGAACGUCAAGAACUGCGCCCAGUACUUCAGCCUCUUCAGCAACUUCGCACAGCGGGGCUCCACCUCAUGCCAGUUGUUACUGAAACAUGCAGCCUAUCGCCGGAUGCUUGUAUUCCUCCUUGGAGCCAACAGGCAGAACAACCAGAACCGCCGCUGGAGUCCGGCGCAAGCCCGCGAGUUCCUCCACCUGCACAGCACCCUGGCCCUCAUCACCCUGAACUCUGACCUCACAGCCCAGAGGACCCAUGCCCCGGGAGCGUUCAAGCUGAGUGUGAGCAGUGUGCCCCCUGCCAGCGCUCUCAUGCCGCUCCACGCCGACCUGCAGGCCUCUCUCUUCACCCCAGAGGGGCAACCAUACCUCCUGGAGGUGAUGUUUGCCAUGCGGGAGCUGUCUGGACCACUGUCCCUCCUCAUCGACAUGAUGGCCUACUGCUCCUACUGCAAUGAGCCUUUCUCCUUCGGAGUCCUACAGCUACUCAAGACCCAGUUAGAGACAGCUCCACCACAUGAACUGAAGAAUGUGUUCCUGAUGCUCCAGGAGCUUCUGGUGGUUGAAGACCCUCUCCAGGCCCAGAGACUCAAGUAUGCGUUUGAGUCAGAAAAGGGCUUGUUAGCGCUGAUGCACCAGAGCAACAACGUGGACAGCAGCCGCUGCUACCAGUGUGUCAAGUUCCUGAUCACACUGGCCCAGAAGUGCGUUCCAGCCAAAGAUUACUUCAAGGAUCUCUCUGGUCACUGGAGCUGGGCGGUCCAGUGGUUACAGAAGAAGAUGUCCGAACAUUACUGGACUCCUCAGAGCAACGUGUCCAACGAGACGUCCACCAACAAGACCUUCCAGCGCACUAUCUCAGCACAGGACACGUUGGCCUAUGCAACAGCCCUGCUGAAUGAGAAGGAGCAGUCCGGCAGCAGUAACGGCUCUGAUGGGAGCCCAGCCAAUGAGAACGCAGACCGAAGCCUCCGCCAGGGUUCAGAAUCUCCCAUGAUGCUCGGCGACUCGAAGAGCGAUCUGGAGGACGUUGAUCCCUGACCCCUUCCGCAACCAGAAGAAUCCCUCCAAUACCGAGGUGGUGAAAAUGCUCCUGGCAGCCAAUAGAAAGACUGCACUUCAACUCUGAUUGGUCAGGACAUUUUAGACCCAACACAAAACCAAUCACUUUAUUCUUCUGGUCGCUAUGGCAACGGAGGGGCCAUGAAUAAACAAUGAGGCCCUUCCUGCUAGGCCACCCAAGGUGAUAGUGGAGCUUAAUAAUCAUUGAGGUUAGGAGCGCUUGAUUACGGCUAAGUGAGAACCUUCCAUGAACAAUGGAUGAAAUCAUCCUUUUAUUCAUUCACUCACUCAGAAUGACUAAAGGUCCAGGACGGGGUUGGGUUGUGUUUUAACAAUUGUUUUUGCUCCUGUUUGCCAAUAUAUCAACAAAGACAUAUUCAUAUUGUAAAGAUUUGUUCCAUACAUGUAAUUUCAAAAUGUAAGAUAAUAUUUUAAGGUCUCUGUGUACUCACCCUCACAGUUGUGUUACUACAAGAUGUGGCGUCGCCUCCCUCUGAGGUGUGUGUGUAUGCGUCCAUGCAUUCACCUGUGUGUGUGUGUGUGUCUGUGUGUAUGCGUCCAUGCAUUCACCUGUGUCUGUGUGUGUGUGUUUGCCUGCGUGUGUUGGCACAUGAGACGCCCACACAUUGAAAGGGCCGUGGUUGGGGUUUUUAAGUAUGCACUUUAUAAGCCUCACCCAGUCUAGUGUGGGACGUAGCGAAGCACUGACUGGGCUGUCCCACCACCACCUCACAGUUCUGCGUCUCCUCGUCAGAUUCCAACUGUACACUCCGAGUUUCUUUGUGCCACAGAGCGCAUGGAAACCAGCCCGGUGUGUAUGUAAACCCUCUGAGCCCAGCCAGCCUUUGAACGCAUCCCUUACUACAGUAACCAUGGACGUGGCAUCGCCUCGUCUAUUCCCUUGGCGAUGGAGAGCGGACUGGUGUAUGAAUCUUGGAGGAGAGGUGAACGGGGUUUAAGAUGCAAGCAGCUCUUCUGCUGGCUUUUAUCUGUUUUUGUUUACCUAUUUUUUUUUUUUCUCAGUUAUGCUUUUUAUGAGUAUGCUCUGCCCGUUUCCUCUGGCCUGGAUGUGUAGAUCUGGGGCACUUAGUUGAGGGACCGCCUUAUGCAAGUACCGCUGUUCUGCACCUCACAGCAAACAGCAGGGGGCAUCCGUGCCAAAGGAAGGGGAACUCAGGAGUACAUUUUAUUUUUGGUGCCAAUAUUGUAUACACACAGACACACGCACACCAACAAUUGCAGAAUAUACGCACAUGCUCACUCACCAAAAUGCAGAUCCAAACGGUUUUUCAUCAUGUGCAUUAUUAUCAUGUUUAGUUUGCCAACAAGAGUUUCUCUUUUCACGUCUAGCCUUCACCUCCUUCUUUUCUGCCUUCCCGGAACACUUCCCCCAUCUCCCACAUCCAGUCAAAUGUAGUCCCCCUCCCCGCCUUCCCCAUGCUCGAUCUCUCUUCCACCAAUCACAUCGGGAGACUUGAAGUGCCUUAACCUCCCGAUGUGUCCCCCUACCCCUUUGUCCUGUGUGCCCCAUUGUUUAGCCAGCGCUCCCGUCUGGAGAGCCACACCCUGGUUCCCCCACGAGAGGCUGAUCAGUUCCUUUUAUAUGCAAUGCUGAACGUGGCUUUCUUCCUUGUAGUGUUGAGGGGAUUUUGAGCACUGGGUGGGGGUGCCUCUGUUGUGUGCCAAGGUUUUUAGGAAUGUAGUUACCUGGGUAAACUAGGUUGCUGAAGUCUUGAAGCCCAAUAAAACAGGGUUAAGCUGGUGUGUGUGUUUGUGUUUGAGAUCAAAUGCUGCUUCUAGUCACUUAAUGUAGUUCAAAGUGUAGACUGCACAUUAGACAACCGAUGAAAUGAUUAUCUACUCCAGCAGAAACCUUCACCAAGACUGUAAGGUCCCAAGACGUUACAGUCCAGCUUCACGCAGAGCCCUUUGUGUUAUUCCCUAACCGUCGGGAGAUGAUCACCGCAGUCACCGUUUUUUAAACCAGGCUUUAAAAUAAAUUAAGGUGUGUGUGUGUGUGUGUGUGGCAGGCAAUCAUUUCUUGGCAUUUCCUUUGGUUUCAUUGACUACCUGGCUUUAGUCCACAUGGUGUUCCAUGUUGAACUGGUCAGCACCCCAAGCCCCGCCCCUCUGCCCUAACAGAUGGGGAUGUGAACCCAUCUGAUUCUGUGUGAGCCCGGCAAACGGCUGCAUGUGUGGCUGACGGCAGCAGCGAAGGCUUGUGUAUUAUGUGUAAAUGUUUACAUGGAAACCCCUCUCUUUAUCUUUGCAUCUGUGAAUCGCUCAUCCACACUCGUUAUCACAACCACCACCACCACCACCACAACUCCCUCAUACUCAGCCCGGCCACAGGGACGCUUUCAGUGGUCCCCUCUGAGCACCUAUAGAUCUUUUCUUUUUCUUUUUUUUUAGAGACUUUGAAUUGCUCUUUUUCUUUUUAGCCAUGGGAUGUGGGAAGGGGGGGGGUGAGGGAUGAUCUUUACGGGUUUUUACUAUCAUUCAACUUUGAACACUCACUUCUGAAGGACAAAAGUCUGCCACGAGGGGAUUCUGUAAUGCAUGUUAAAAAAAACUUUUAAUUUGUACAUCAGUUUGAUUAUGGGGAAAGAUUUGAUAUAAAAUAAACUGGAAUGCACAA